AUGCUGCGGGCAGUACCUCCACUGGAGCGCGGCUCGCCGCCCCUGCAGCGUCGUGGCCAUCCCCCUGGAGCGUGCGCCACCGGGCCCUGGAGCACCGACGUGCGAGGACUACGUCGGCGACGGCGACGGCGCCCUGGAGCUCGCGGCAGGCUCCCAGGCGGUCGGGAGAGCGGCAGCGCCGGCGUGCUCGUGGCGUUCUCCCGUCGUCAGCUCCCGUCAUCGGAGGCUCCCAGGCGGUCGGGAGAGCGGCAGUGCCGGCGAGCUCGUGGAGGUGACGACGUUCUACCGUCGUCGGAGAUCGGGAAGGCCACCUCGCUCUCGAUGUUAAGGCGCGCCGGCGACACCGCCGGCGACACCUCCUCAUCCACGACGUGCUGCUGCGGCCUCGAGCGGCGAACUGAGAAGGCAGCGUAG